AUGAAGCGGCAGGAACCCGACUCGAGGGGGCAAGGUGAGAGCAAAUUUCUUGCCAGCGGGCUUUUUCCACGAGAGAGUGGGAACGGCUUUCUCGCUGAGGACACCAGACGUGCAAUCCAGGUGGCAAGCCAGCAGAGGCUGCUGUGCUCUUUCCAGCGAUGCUUCAUUUGCGGCGAGAUGGGCGCCGCCAUCACCUGCGGGGAGAAGGGGUGUGACCGCAGCUUCCAUCUCCCCUGCGCCUCACGGGGCGAAUGUGUCACCCAGUUCUUCGGGCUGUACAGGUCCUUCUGCUGGGAGCACCGCCCAGAGCAGGCCGUGAAGGCUAAGCCAGGGCAGAACAGCACCUGCAUCAUCUGCCUGGACCCCGUGGAGGACAAUAAGUCCUACCACACCAUGGUGUGCCCAGCAUGCCGACACGCCUGGUUCCACCGGAGCUGCAUCCAGAAACAGGCUAUCCACGCUGGCGUCCGCCUCUGCUGCCUGCGUUGCCGAAACCAAGAUCAGUUUGUGAUGGAAAUGCUCGCCAUGGGGAUUCGAAUCUCCAAGAGACAACCAUCAUGGGAGAGUGACCAGGCAUGCGGACCAGUCUAUCAGAGGCACAGACGCUGCAACGCCAGCAAGCGCCUUUGUCCGGGAGGCAGCGAGCAGGCAGAGGAAGAGGGGCCCUGGCAAGGGCUCCUGUGCAGCUCCUGUGCUGCCAAAGGCACCCACCGACGCUGCCUCUGCUUGAGCAACGGCGCAACCACCUGGGAGUGCAACUGCUGUGCUGGCCUGGGCGCUGGUAAGAGGCAAAGCACCCGGGUGCCCCUGUGCUGCUGUGGCCAGUGUCCCAGCUAGGCCUGGGAGCAGGGGCUUAGGGUGGGCUUUGGCUCCAGGAAGGCUGUGGGCACCACGAUGGCCUCUCCUUCCCCAGGGCUGGGUGGCCGUGCCGCUGACUUUCCUGCCUCCCCUCGCAGCCUCCCGUGACAACUCAGAGCUUGCCAGCCCCAGCACCACCAGCCAGGCGGCAUCGGGGCUGUCCCACAGCUCCCUGGGCUAUGAGAGCAGCAGGCCCAGCACCAUCAAACAGGCGCCACUGGGGCCAUCCUGCAGCUCCCCGGUGCCUGAAAGUAGCAGUUGCUCCAGCCACCCUGGGCCAGACCGGAUCCGAUACCGCUCACGGUUACAACGGCAGGCGCAAAAACCUUACAGCCAGCCUGGAAAUCACCGCAGGACCAGCCGUGUGCCAGCCCCGAGUGCUGAAAGCAGUGCCUUCGGCACUGCCAGCCAGCUGGCAUUGGGACCAUCCUGCAGGUCCCCAGCGCUGGGAGGCAGCAGCCCCAGCACUGACAGACAGAUGGCACUGGGCCUGUUCCGAGGCUCCCCAGUGCCCGCGAGAAGCAGCUGCUCCAGCCACCCUGGGCCAGACCGGAUCCGAUACCGCUCACGGUUACAACGGCGGGCGCAAAAACCUUACAGCCGGCCUGGAAGACGCCGCUGACCGGGCAUGCGCCAGCCCCAAGUGCUGGCCCCUAUCCCCCAGCACAAUAAAGCUGGCUGCUCAUCUCAUCCAACGCAGAAAGGGACUUGUGAUUGUACCACUCUCUGUGUCUCUAAUGGUACCUGUAACCGUAUCUG